AUGUCAGAAUUGGCAAAAUGCCAGAAAAUGAUGAUAAUUUUUGGCUUUUUAACUUUUGCAAAUAGCCGCACUCUAGAUAUUUUCAGAGAGUCAAAUACAGUAGGUCCAAUUGAUGUAGUAGGAGCUAAAACAAGUAAUCUAGAGAGAGAUUAUUCAACUCAAAAUCUUGAAUCCAUUGUUGAUCAAAUUGCAAACGAGUUCGAUAUCGAGCGAGAUAGAGUUCAAAAUUAUUUUCAACGUUCCAAAUGGGCAUCACUUUCCAAGCAGCUCUUCAAUAAGAUUGAUUUUAACUUAGCAACGUUGAAUAAGAGAAGGGUUCCUCUGUCCGGAACAGUUAUCAAAAUUACCAAAGCCAAUGGUAUAUUUUCUGUUAAUUGUCGUAAAGCCAAGGUUGAAUCCCAUUUAUUGGUUAAAUAUCGCUACGUUGAGAAACCUUAUGAUUCUAGAUAUUAUUUGGUUAAUGCCGGUGAACCCUUUUCUGGCGAAAUAAUUCAAAAUAUAUACAAUGACCUCAACAGUAGGAUUGAAGGUCAGCUCAAUGCUUAUAAAGCUAUCUAA